GGUAGACGGGAGCAAGGCACCGCCCGAAGCUCCCUCUUUUGCCCCUUAAAAUUAGACCCAAAAUGCAAAAACUCGUAGGGAAGAGAGACUAUCGCAUUUGUACGCACGUACGAGCAUCUACAUAGUCGAUUGAUAAAUGCUGCCUAAAUACCAUAAGUUUCCCAAUCGUUUCCUAACCUAAUGUUCAACACAUGAACACCAAUGCCCCUGUAAUGUGGUCACGUAAUCAUGUUCUCUUUUUUCCAAGUUUUCUGUCAUAAAAAUAGCCAUCCGUUGACCUCGCUCACUUUUGCCUUUAAAGCACUCCUUCCCCUCAUCCCUUUCUUCUUUUUCCCUUUACCCUUUUGAUCUUCUCUCCAUAGCCCUGUCUGCAUAAAGAAGCGCCGUUGGAGAAUGCAUGCCUGAAUGUCCAGAGACCGGUACCGUCCAAAUGAUGUCGAUCUAAACAUGGAAAGAUUGGAUGAGAUAGCAAAGAAGAUCAAGAGAGAGAAGGAUGCAACUUAUGGUGAUGAAAUGGGAAGAAGGCACAUGAUGUUGAGCCUAAGCAGAACCGGAACGCUCAACACGAUAACGCCGUGCGCGGCGUGCAAGCUUUUGAGGAGGCGAUGUGCCGAAGAGUGCCCUUUCUCCCCUUAUUUCUCUCCACACGAGCCUCAGAAAUUCGCCGCUGUUCACAGAGUCUUCGGUGCAAGCAACGUCUCCAAGAUGCUCACGGAGGUACCGGAGAGCCAAAGAGCUGAUACCGCCAACAGUUUGGUGUACGAGGCAAAUCUGAGGCUGAGAGACCCAGUGUACGGAUGCAUGGGUGCAAUCUCGGCUUUGCAACAGCAGAUCCAGACUCUGCAGGCUCAACUCAACGCUGUAAGAAAUGAGAUACUGAGAUUCAAAUACAGAGAAGCCGUCACUACAAAUCACGUACAAUCCAAUGUUGUCGUUCCUCAUUCUAGAACUGCUCUUAAUCCUACUGCUGCUUUGGCUGUUUCCGUUGUUCCUCCUCCAACCCUUUCUUCGUCUUCUUCCACUGCCGCACCUCCCGACCCCUCUCCUCCUCCUCUGCCGCCACCCCCGUCUUUAGUCGUGCCCUCAUCUUCUUCCUCCUCCUCUUCCACUUCUUCUUUAUUCACUACCCCAACCAGCACCACCACCUAUAGCUCCAUCUCUAGCGAAACUAAUACUGUCCAUUACUUCGAAACGAUCUGAUCUUAGAACCCUUCUUUUUUUUUUUCGCUUUUAUCACUCUUAGUAUCCAUACAGAAGCUAUUGUACUAGACCAUUUGACUUGCGCCUGUUUUCAUUAGACACAAGGUUUUGCACCCGUUCUCAUUAGGCACAAGGUUGAGAAGAGCCACUUCAUCUUAGAGAAGCUAUUGUACUAGACUAGUUGACUUUGCGGCUCCUGUAUUGUGAUCUGAUCUAGAUUCCCGAGUAACUUCAAUCUCUUGUUCUAUGAUUUGAUCAUGUCAAGCAUUAUUUCAGCACAAUGGAUCAUGCAAUGAUGAUCAUAUUCUUAUGCUGA